AUGCUUUGGAUGCGCCGCGUACUCGGCCUGUCAUGCAUACUCAACGGCGUGCUGGCUGCGUUUUCCACCAACGAAGACCCCUACCAGCGCAGCUACGCCUACUUUGGUGGCCAGUAUGUUGACGACGGCUCUGGCCAGCACAUCUUCACCGACCAGAUGUAUGUUGAGCUUCUAACCCCGGUCGGCAUUGCGCUCAAGCCUCAUCCAAUUGUGUUUAUACACGGCCAGGCACAGACGGGCACGAAUUGGCUCAACAAACCCGACGGAAGCAAAGGGUGGGCUUCAUAUUUUCUGUCUCAGGGGUACGAGUGCUAUCUGGUCGACCAGACCUUUCGAGGACGCAGUCCUUGGCUCCCUGCCAAUGGAACACUGAGCACAUACAGCGCCGAGGUGUUGCAGCAACGCUUCACCGCGCCUCAGUGGUACAAUCUUUGGCCACAGGCCAAACUGCACACCCAGUGGCCGGGCGCCGGAGUCAUGGGUGACGAAGUCUUCGACACUUACUACUCCUCGACCGUACAGUUCAUAAGCUCAGCUACCGGUCAACAGUCCACCGUCCAGGCUGCUGGUGCCCAACUCCUCGACACAAUCGGGAAGCCGGUCAUCCUGCUGUCGCAUUCCCAGGGCGGACUGAUGCCAUGGCUGAUCGCCGACGUCCGUAACGAACUGGUCCAUUCUAUCGUCUCGCUUGAGCCGACCGGCCCUCCCUUCCAAGAGGCCAUCUUCAGCAACCAGUCUGCCCGGGCUUGGGGCCUGACCGAUGUUCCACUCACUUAUUCCCCGCCUGUGACAGACCCAGCCACGGAUCUUGUUCGCCAAACUAUUCCAUCGAACUCGUCCACUGUCUCCCCAUGUAUUAUUCAGGCCAACGAUCCCCCUCCACGUCAGCUGGUGAAUCUUCAGGACAUUCCCGUCUUGCUUGUCACCACCGAGGCAUCCUAUCACGUCCCAUAUGACUGGUGUACCGUCAAAUAUUUGAGGCAGGCCGGUGUAUCCACCGAGCAUCUCCAACUUCCAGACAUUGGUAUCCAUGGCAAUGCGCACAUGGUAUUUAUGGAAAAGAAUAGUGAUGAAGUCGCCGCCGCUCUCCAGAAAUGGAUUGAAAAGAAUUAG